CAGAGUUCGACAGCACCAGCUGGACCCGAUAGAGUUAUUCUAUGCCGGAAAAUAGGCCAUAAUCUGUGGUUCGAUAGAGUCAAAAUGUCGUUUCCCUAAAACUAGUGUUGCGACAAUAUUCACAAGGAAGGUCUUAGCAAAAUCCCAAAAUGUGCUACGGUUCCUAUGUAUUCGACACAAGUCUUAAAAGCUGCACACAAUAUCUGAGAGACAAGGGAUAUGAUAUUGCAUUCUUACGCUCGGUUUUCUCCUCCCGUUUCCUCCUCUCUCCAGAUUUCGAUUGCAUAUAUCACGGUUCACACCAUCUGACGUGCGCACUGGGCAUUUGUCUUUGACAACUCCUCUCCUCCUUCCCUCCCCAAUGUAGUUGCAGCUAAGGCAGUGACGGCGAUACAUAGAUCCAAUGACCUCAAUUCCACCUAACUAGUUAGUGUUCGUAUCUCUUUCUUUCCCUUCCUGUAACUAUAUAUUUUCUCAAAUUUCAAUCUCAAAGGCCACGAACUGUGUGCCUUGGCAGUAUCAAUGAAUAC